AUGACGAGCUUGGCCGAUCAAAUUGCUGCGAGGGUGGCGGGAUUGUUUCUCAAGGGUACGGGUGACGAUAGGACGAGGAGGAAGUUCCGGUCCGCCCACCCCAAGAAAGGGGAAUGGACCAUAGUCGCCGCAGUCGUGGCCGUGAAUGAGGAGACUCCGGCUGAUCUUAGGGUCCUCUCAAUUGGCACUGGAAUGAAAGUGAUGCCAGACGCAAAGAUAAAAGAGAAGAGCCAUGGUCGCAUGGUUCACGAUUGUCAUGCAGAAAUUCUGGCUUUGAGGGCUUUUAAUGGCUGGUUGAUCGAGGAAUGUAAGGAUUUAUCAGAGGACAAUCCAAUGCUCGAGCGCACAGAUCAGGGGAUUUCACUGAGGCGAGAAUGGAAGUUUGCCCUUUACGUCAGCGAGCUACCGUGUGGAGAUUGUUCUAUGUCGAAUGUAGUCCACGAUAUGGAGCAAAAAGGAGAAGACACCACUCCAUGGACCAACUAUGAUACAGAAGGUAUACAUAGUGCGGAUAGCAGAGGAAGAGGAGGGUUUUCACAACUUGGGAUGGUGAGAACCAAGCCCGGAAGGCCAGACUCACCUCUCAGCUUAUCCAAGAGCUGUUCCGAUAAGAUUUCCGUCCGUCAGUUUGACGGUGGUCUACUAAAUUGCAUCAGCUCACUACUAGUGCUCCCAGAAGGCUUUCACAUCAAGUAUUUGGUUGUUCCGCGGGCGGAGGCCCGGAGAAAUUCGGAUGAUCUACACAGGUGUUUCCAUACGAGGUUUGGAGAAGUGCCGACAUGGUUUCGGCCAAUUGAGAUUGUUUCAACUGACGUGAACUUCCCAUUUUCGAGGCGUGAUGGUGAUAUUGUCAUUGACAAGGACCCUUCUCAUUUGAGUCUUGUUUAUUGUUGUCAUUUUUGUGAUGUGCUCGUUCAAGGAGUCAAAGACGGCACAGCCAAGAAGGGCAGCCGACCAGUUGAAAAGAGGGACCAAAGUUUCGUGUCACGAGCUUCGCUGAGCGAGCUAGUGAAACCAGUGAUUGAUGCAAGGGGUUCUUAUGUGAAUACGUUCAAAAACAGCGAGCGGAAACUACGCAAGGAGGAACUCCAGAAAACGCUGGGGCACUGGACCAAAACCUAUGACGAUGACUUUGCUUUAUAG